GAGCAGAGCGCUGCCGAGCGGCCAUGGCGUUAGCCGAGCACUUAUCCAGAAGCGUGCCGAGCUCCGUCACCGCCGCUUUCACCACAGUGUCCAUCACUGCUGACACCUGAGUCUCAAAGGUCUCCAGGCUGAGCAUGCUUAUUGAUCUGCACACUGGCAGCCUGGAGAAAUCCUCUCUUAGACAGGUGAGAAGCAAAACACGAGCAGGGCGAGGAAAAGCGUGACACUCUCCUUGUCCGAAAAAAAAAGAAACAGGCUCCAACCUGAGUGCAGGACACCAGCAGCCCUGCGGCCAUCAGCAGCCCCUGUGGGCGCCACGAGAUCAUGUGACAGAGCUUUGAUGAGCACAUACUGUGUGCUGGCCUCACCGCUCUGCGCUCGCACAGCUAUCUCAUAAUCAAACACGCAAAUGGAUGUAUCUAGCAUCUCCAGACCUCCUCCGGGAACAUCCGAGGCACGACAGGAUACUAGAGGCUCUGCAGAUGUGGAUUCACCUCCUCACUACUCCUGAGCUCUUAAGCAGCAGCAGUCUGAAGCCACAGAUCUGGUAUGCUGAUCAGAUCUGGUCUCGGGCUCUCAGGCUUUCGGAUCUAGAUCUUAAGGCCUGACUUGACUGACUCAAAAGGGACUUUCAGUCUCGACCCGAUCAAAUCCUGGAGGAUGAGGGUGAGCCGGGUGCUGCAUCUUUCCGUUUUGCUGGUGGGACUGUGUCAGGCCCACCGAGCCCCUCCACCAGGUGACCCAUCCACAUCACAGGAGGUGGGUGAAGUCCCGGUGGCCCAGCUGAGGAUGCUCUCUCUGGGACUGGCUCACCUGUUGCAGGGGGUUGAGGAGAACGCCGAGCGGCUGGAGAGACAGGGAGAGCAGGUGGCAGCAGAGCUGGACGGAGCCAUGAAGAGCCUGGAGAGCCUCCUCAAGCAGAGUUCACAGGCAGGACGCACUCACAGGCAGGUGAGAAAGGCUGCCAGAGGGGACAGGCUGUGGAGGGCAGCCAGAGAUCUGCAGAAGGGCCUGGAGGAUCUGGAGGCGGAGCAGGGAGUCACGCAGCAGCGGAUGAACCGGAUCGUCCAGAAAGUGAGGAGCCUGACUGAGCCGAGGACGGCGGGUCAAACUCAGCUCCAUGUCAGCUCCAUGAAGGCUGUCGUCGAUAAACAGGCCCGGCGGCUCGCCAGUCUGACCUCACUGGUUUCAGCCCAGGACAGACUGCUUGACAGACGGCUGCAGUACAUUGACCACCUGGAAAAACAGGUGUCUCCCAGCAGCACUGAGGGCAGAUUCUGACUUCCGACUGUGUCCGAUGAGCACAGCUGCAUCAACACACCACUAAAUGAAGCUUUCUCUGAAACUCAAAAAGCGCUGUGUGUCGGCAUUAACAAAUGUGCAAUCCCAAUUUGCAUUUAGACUACUUUACAACACAAACUGUUGAUUACAACAAAAAAUGUGUCAGAGGUUGCGUUGACAUCUAUUAUCAGUAAGAGUCUGUUUAGAAAAUGGUACCAAAAUAAAACGCCCCUGUUUCUGAGUCGUCAUGUUGUGGCUCUGACUUCCACAAUAUUGUGGUUGACGGUGGCGGUGAAGCGCCUCGUCAAGACACUUUGCUCACACGCACCCAAAUAAACACACACACUCUGAAGUCAGAGAAACCUUCAGACUCACAACACGCACGGCCGAGUUUCAUCACCCAAAAAUAAAUACCCUCGUCGAGGUCUGUCUCAACCUUUGUUGCAAUCAGUUCAACUCGAUGGGUUGCGCUUAGGUCAUGUGUACCAUAAAAUAACACAGUAAUAUGUGUUAUAUGAAAGUUUUUGUGUUGAAAACGUAUAUGUUGGAUUAAACGUGUGUGUAACCCUGUGA